AUGGAUUGCAGAAGGCCUUGUGUGAUGGUCCUUUACCAUAUGUCUGAUAGUCCGGUAAAUGUUAAUAUGGAGAAUGACUCAUUGUCGAAAAUGAAUUUGUUUGAUUCCAUUUACGUCUGCAAUCAUAUUGGUGUGUUGGCAGCGGCCUUGGUAACACACGCCGAUCCCGAACCACACAAGAAUCACCAUCCCCUUUACUACUACUAUUAUUCUCAACGCCACAGUGUCAAGUCACUGGAGGGCGAUGGAGUGGCCAGGCAUCCAGGUGGCAGCACCUCCUUCGUGGCACCUCAAGUUCACGGCCUCUCCAAACGCUCAGCUGACCCAACCCCGGAAUCUAACCCUGAACCAGCAGCUGAUCCUGAUUCCGCCAAUAUUUAUAGUUACCAGGUAGUCCACCAUGGCCACCCCCACUAUGGAUACAACCAUGGAUAUCGCUACCCUUACAAUGCCUAUCGCUACAACCACUACUAUGGUUAUCCUCACAGAUACCACAGCCACUACAAGAGAUCAGUCGAACCUGAACCCGAACCUGAACCUUAUUACACCUAUCACGAACGCCCUCACUACUAUAAUAGAUAUUAUCACAGUUACAACAACUACUAUCCUUCCUACCCCGGCUACCGUUGCCACUAAACAGGAUAAGGACGGAGGCAGGUAUGGCCUGCGACAGGCCUUGUGGCGAUGGUCCUUUACCACAUGUCUGAUAGUCCGGUCUGCUCACGCCGGUUUUUCAGAUACUGGUAGUAAGUGGAUCACUCUUAGGAGGACUCAUAAA